UUUUUAAAUUGUGUUGUUUCUCUUCAUAUUGUUGAUGUGUGGAAAUUUUUAAAAUAUAUUCUGUAUAUAAAUCCCUCUUCAUAUAGGUGUAAGGUGAGAAUUGUUCCAGGCUUACCUCCUUAUCUCUUCCUUUUUUUUAAAUGAAAUCAUUGAUUGGCAGACAUUUUUAAUUUUGAUAACACCCAACUGAUCAAUUUUUCUUAUAUGGUUAGUGUUUUAUGUGUCCUAAGUUUUUGUUUGUGUUUGUUUUUGUUUGUUUGUUUGCUUGUUUGUUUUUAUCUCAACAUCAUGGAGAUAUUCUCCUAUGGAUCUUCACAAAGUAUUUAUGGUUCCAGCUUUUAUGUUCACUAUGAUCACAUUGUCCACUGUGAAUUAAUAUUUGUAUAUAGGAUGAGGGGAGGGUUAAGCUUCAUUUUUUCCCCCACAGAGAUGCCCAAUUUUUUCAGCAACACUUGUGAAAAAAUUUUCUUUCUCCAUUGAACUGACAUGGUGCCCUGGUCAAAAAUCAAUAGGCUGUAAAUGUGUGGGUCUAUUACUCUACUCUCUAUUAUUUUCUGUUUAUAUGUUCAUGCAAAUAUCACAGUUAGGAUUAGUAUUGCCUUAUUGUAAACCUUCAAGUCAGUGUAAGUCUUUGUUCUUUUCUCCCCAAGAUUGUUCCAACUAUUCUAGAUCAUUUGCAUUUUCACAUAAAUUGUAGAAACAGUUUCUCGAUUUCUUUGAAAAUUCCUCCUAGGAUUUGGAUUGCAUGAAAUAUAUAGACUCUAUAACGUAUAGAGUCAAAAAUGUAUAGAGUAUAUAAACUCCACAGUUUGUGCAGAAUAGAUAUCUUAACAAUUUUUAGUUCUUUCCAAUCUUCCAAUUUUUAGGUCUUUCAUUUUUCUUGGCAGUAUUUUGUAGAUUCCAUUGUAGACAAUUUGUACAUGUUUCAAGGGACUUAUACCCUGGUAUUUAAUUUUUAUGGUAUUAUACGUGGUAUUAUUAACAAGUUUCAUUUUUCAAAUUUCCAUUACUAGUAUAAAGAAUUACACUUGAGUUUGUAUAUUGGCUUUUUAUUCCAUGGUUUUGCUGAACUCACCUAUUAUUUCCAGUAACUCUUUUGUGAAUUUCAAAGGGUGAUCAUAAAAUCGACCGUCUGUCAAAAACAGUAGUUUUAUCUCUUCAUUUCCAAUCUGUAUGUCUUCUAUUUUUAUUUCUUUGCUUAUUACAACAGGAUUGUCCCGGAUGAAAGAUAACAUCCUUAUCUUGUUCCCCAUCUUAGAAAAAAAAAGCAAAGUGUUUCAGUAUUCAUGAUGAAACUACCUACAGGUUUCUUAUAGACAUUCUUUAUCAGAUCAAGACUGUUUCUUUCUAUUCUCAGUAUUCCUAGUGUUAUUUGAAGAAAGCCUGUUGAAUUUUGUCAGAUGCUUGUUCUUAUUGCAUUUGAGAUAAUUAUAUGAUUAUUCUCUUUUAUUAUAUGAUGAAUUAUUUUGACCGAGUAAAAAGGAUGAAAACCACUGCCUCAUUAAACGUUCUUCCUGUCAGCCAUGGUUUCGUUCUUCACUUUUCUUGGAAAGACCCUACCACAGACCAGUCUAAAAAUGUAUCCUGAGUUCUACCACAGUAAAACAAAAAAACAAAAAAAUUAGGAGUACAAGUUCUCCUUUGCCCUUCUUUUGUUCUAAACAAUCUAAAAUUUCAGUUCAACCUCUGACCCCUCUCCAUUACUUCCCAGGAGAGAACCGCGCCCCCCCCCCCACCCCGCCCCAACCCCCAGCACAGGCAGAAGGCCUCGGCACAGAUCUGAGGCUUCAGUGCUUCAGACAAUGGCUUCCUCCUCACCUUGGAUAACUUCUAGAAGCCGUCCUGUCAUUUUGGAGCUGUUACUUGGCCUCUUUCCUGUCUACAGCCCCCACCCCUGGCUCCUUCCCCUUGACCACAGACGGCGCCCCUCUGCCCCACGGGCGGGUUGACUUUACUCUGGUGCAAACCUUUCCGCGGCCUGUAGGGUGUGCAAAUGCAGCACCGAGCGCCCAGGGCACUGCGGGUCCCUCGGCCACCGCCCACCAGCCGAGAGUUCCCGAGACCCGCCGCGCCCCGCCGGGGACCGCAGCUGACCUCCGUGCAAGGGCGAGGCGGGAUUUUCCAGCUGUGUGCAGUCGCCGCCGCGAUCAAGCAACUCCCGGAACUCAGAGGCGGGGCGCCCAGGUGGAGGAGCCGAAACCCCAAGAACGCUGGAAGGGGCGCCCCAGACAAGGAGCACUCCGGGGCCGGAACGCCUGCGCCAGGGCGUACUCCCCUCAGAGGAGCACCGCAGACUGGGAGGAUUCCCCCCAUCCCUUAGCCCCCCCACUGGGAACAAGCCUCGACCAGGAGCAUCUUCGAUUGGAGCAACCCAGACCUGGAACACUCUGCGGGACCCAGCAGCGCCCGACUUCCAGCACUGCAGACACUGGGCAGGGGCAGCAUCCCACCUACAGCCUUCGCGGCGGCUGCCUGACGCUUUUUCUUUCUUCUGCUUUUUUUUGUACCCCCCCCCCCCUUUUUUUUUCCUCCAACCUUCUCUAGUUGCCUUAUAUCUUUAAUCACACUUGCGGCUCCUCUCUUUCCUUUCGUGUUUCACAGCGCUGGGGAGGCGGCGAUUGCAGUUUCUCACCUGCUGUUUGAACUCCUGCCUCUGUCGCUGAGGCCACCAGGGUGGAGGAGGGACGGCCGCCCCCGCGCCAGCCUCGGGGACUCCCCUCUGAAGUAGACCUUGAAAAUUAACAAAAACCAAAACCAAGAAAAAAUAGCAGUGCCCUUUAUAAGGCUGUGUCAACCUUCACCAGAGGAAACAACACGUUUCAUUCUAUCCAAGAGAAACCACUGGAAACAGAAUCCUAAAUAUGCGUCAUAGAGAACUGCUCUUAACACUUUUGGCACUUAUGUUUACAAGCACCUCAGACUGGCCAAAAUCUGGAAAUAAUCCAUAUGUUUAACACCACGAGAAUGGCUAAAUUAUCAUAUACAAACACAACUGGAUACGGCAUGGAUACUGCGUAACUAUGAGACAAAACAGAUCACUGCUACAUGCAGCAACAUGGAUGCCUAUCAUAGACAAGAUGAUGUAAGAAAGAAUCCAGGCACAGAAGAGCACAUAUUGUACGGCUUUAUGUGUGUCGUACUUCUAAAACAGGAGAAUAAAUUACAUCGUUUUGGACAUACCAUCCUUUCGGAUGUCAAUUGAAGCUAACACUAACACUUACACCUGUAUCACACCUUCUGCGUUGAAGGACCGAAAUGUAAAAUGGGGCUUCUAUAACAACCACCAAACACAAGAAACAUGUAUUUCACGUCAUAGCAUCACUGCAGUGGAAGGGGAAUUUUUCUAUCUGAGAUACUGCUCAUCAGCAUCUGAGCACGAUAGUGAAAAAAACACCAUAAAAUGGUACAAGAGCAGUGGAUCACAUGGACGCAUUGAGCUAAACUCAAGCAGUUCCCCCAGAAUUACUUUGCACGAUUAUGUUUUGGAGUUUUGGCCAGUUGAGUUGGAGGACAGUGGAUCUUACUUUUUCCAAAUGGGAAAUGAUACUCGUAAAUGGAAAUUAAAUGUCAUUGGAAGAAGUAAAGGCAGCUGUUUUGUUGAAAAACUACUAACUAGUAAAACUGUAGAAGUUCAGAAAUCUUUGCACGUAGCCUGUAAACAUGACUACUUUCAACCAUUGGCCAAUAGAACUUCACUGUAUAAGAACUGUAAGAAGAUAAACAAUGGUACAAACCCAGUUUUACAGAAGAAUGCAGAGUUUAAAGAUCAGGGAUAUUACACCUGUGUGUUUUCCAUCCCUCAUAAUGGAAAACUAUUUAAUGUCACCAAAACCAUCAACGUAACAAUCGUUGGAGAUCGCAGUAAAAUAAUUCCUGUUCUUCUUGGACCAAAGCUUAACCGUGUGAAGGUGGAAUUAGGAAAAGAUGUAAACCUCAAUUGCUCUGCUUUGGCGAAUGAAAAGGAUCAGAUUUAUUGGAACUUGUGGGAUGAAAAUGGAAAGGAGCCCAAUGUACAUGAAGAGAACGUAAAAAAAAAUAGGGCUCUGGACGGCAAAUUGUAUGUGUCAAGAAUGUUGAAAAUUGAGAAUAUUAAUGCAAAAAAUCUAAAAUUUUCAUAUAAUUGCACUGUGGCCAGCGAGGGAGGCACAGACACCAUAAACUUCGUCUUGUUGAAAAAAGAAGAUAUGGCUGAUAUCCCAGGCUACAUCUUCACCAGAGGAAUGAUUGUGGCUGUUUUGAUCUCAGUGGUAGUUGUGUGCCUAGUGAUAAUGGGUGUCAUUUAUAGAGUUGACUUGGCUCUAUUUUAUAGACAUUUCAUGAGAAAAGAUGAAACAUUAACAGAUGGGAAAACAUACGAUGCUUUUGUGUCUUACCUAAAAGAAUGUGGACCCGAAAAUGGAGAGGAGCACACCUUUGCUGUGGAGAUUUUGCCCAGGGUGUUGGAGAAACACUUUGGGUAUAAGUUAUGCAUAUAUGAAAGGGAUGUAGUGCCUGGAGGAGCUAUUGUUGAUGAAAUCCACUCAUUGAUAGAGAAAAGCCGAAGACUGAUCAUUGUCCUAAGUAAAAGCUACAUGUCUAAUGAAGUCAGGUAUGAACUUGAAAGUGGACUCCAUGAAGCUCUGGUAGAAAGGAAAAUUAAAAUCAUCUUAAUUGAAUUUACACCUGUCAGUGACUUCACAUUCUUCCCCCAAUCACUAAAGCUUUUGAAAUCUCACAGAGUUCUGAAGUGGAACGCUGAUAAACCUCUGUCGUAUAACUCAAGGUUCUGGAAGAAUCUUCUGUACCUGAUGCCUGCAAAAGUGGCCAAGCCUUGUGGAACUGAAUCUGAAGUCUUCCCUGUUCUUUCACAGUCCUGAUCUUUAGACAAGCCAAAUGUAAGAAAGAGCUCUUGACGCUCUGGGCUCGGAGCGGAGGAGCCUAUUUUUAACAAAGGGCACUAUUAAAAAUAUUUGGCUCUCUGAAAAUCUUACUUACAGUCUGAAGAUGAAAGUCAUCACUAAGUUGCCAGAGAUAGGACUAAACAUCGAGCUGUGGUCAUGUGCUCCCAGUGGAACCCAGAAUUCAAAAGCAACAGACCUCUUCUGUUUCUUCCUCCUCCGUAACUGUCUACAGGUGCUCAUUCUCCAUCCAUAUUCAGCAACGGUGAGGCUGGGCACAAAGCAAAGGAACUUACGCCCUACAAAAAGGGUACAUCUUCACGUUUUUAAUGCUCAUGAUUGAACUAAAGGAUUUUAAGUUCAUGAA